AUCAAUUUGAAAGUAACAGGAAGUAAAUAUUCCGAAAGCCGUGCAUGUUUAUAUCUCAUUGUAACCUCCAUUUACCAAUACGGAUAGUGUAAUAUAUUUCACAUGCUGUUAUCUCAGAUACUUCAAGUAUUUACAUCCGCUUGUAAUUUAAUAAGUUAAAAUUUAUAUCAGUAUGACUCCCACUCGUUAUCGAUAAACGAUAUUUGAAACAGAUAAUCAAAAAAAUGUUUCUACUUAUUUGGGAUAUUUUCUUGAUUUUAUGUCAAUUUCAAGAGAUCAAAGGUUUGCAAGCUACAAAAGCGUAUCAUCAAUCGCAAGUUAGUUCUACAUGGAUAAAUUCGACGAGAAAAUGCACCCUUGGGACGCCACCAAUAGAGUAUACUACAAAAUCCGUUAAUAUUUCACAAGAAUAUGUUACUGAAGAUUUAUGGGUAGGAUAUCAUUUAGCGAAGACAACAUUUGAGUUUCUAGGCUGUUACCAGAUAGAAAACCACAAAACAUCACAUUCAUACGAUGGCAAAGUUCUAGGACAGUGUUGUUCAGCUUGUGAACAUACAUUAUACAUCGGUAUAAGCACAGCAGGCGUAAGUCCGUGUUUUUGUACUGAUACGAAGCCUACAACAGAUACUCAUCUACUAAAAUGUAAUCAACAGUGUGAUGGGCAACAUAUACCUUGUGGAAUAUAUAGCUACAUGGCAUUGUACAAAGUUAUUUUGACUGAUAAUGGUACUGAACGGCUCGGCGACAAAUAUGAUCGUCCAUUGAACACAUCUGCGCAUAGGUGUGUGGAAUACAACGGUCAAAUCACAUCGUCUGAAAAAUUAUCACUGGGGAAUGGUACUGGUCUUUGUUGGACAGGGAUCACUAGACGUAGAGUUAUUGUAAGAUAUAAUGUAUCUUCUUUUGAUCCGACUACCUUAAGUAAAAUGUCAUUUGGAUAUAUCUACAAAAAUGCAGCUGGUAAAGUAUUGCUUCGUUUCGCAAAUAAUGCGCAACAAAAGAGAGCACUAUGUACAGGAGCCCGCUUAACGUCAACAGGGCAUUCUACAGACGGGAACUCAGGUGUUGGUAUUGGUGUCUCUGUCGCUGCAGCAAUAGUGUUCAUCGUCCUUGCCAGUGUGUUUAUUGUUCUUAAAAGACGAAAAAAACUACCAAAUUUGUGUUCAAAAACGAUGUUGACUAAAGAAUUACAUCGCACGGAGCCAGAGAUUGAAUUGUCUAGUAAAGCAGUCCAUUGUUCACACACAAACCCGUCUUAUGACGUUCUUGACAAAACAUACGUACAAAGUGUUGGCAGUCAAAACAACACUUAUGAUUCAGAACCCAAUGCAGUUAUUGAGGGACAUAGAGGUGACUCUGAUCAACAUAUGGAUCACCAACAAAAGGCCAGUAAUGAUGCACACAAUUAUUUUGUUCUUGAGAAAUGCGAUCUGGAAUUGGACCAGGAUGUUGCAGAUAUAAAGAAUAGCAGUAAUAAUUCACAUAAUUACUUUGUGCUAAAGAAACAUGCGAGAGAUUCUAAAGAAGCUGUCAUUACAUGUGACGCAGCAAAACCUGGAAAUUAUUCAAAGGAAGAGGAUGGCGGAAAUAUUUAUAAUACAAUAAAGGACACUGGAAAUGCAAUACACGAUCAUGUAUAUAAUACAACGAAGAAAGAAUUACAGAAAGUUGACGCAACAUAUGACACUGCAGAGAAGGCGCGUGAUAAAAUGAAAGCCAGUGCUGAUAAACGCUAUGAUGAGACCGAUGAAGACACUUACAACCACACUGAUAGAAAGGCGCUAAAUAGAUCAGACAAUGUUUACGGCAUACCAUUUCAACCAAACGCCUCGAAUAGAGAAGAUGUCAUUCAGCAGUUUGACAUGACAGAUCAACUUGAUUUAGACACGUAUAACCAUUUAAACAGCAGGUCAACAGACAACAUCAAACCAGACAGUUUAUAUGGCCUACACAAUGAAAUGAAAGGUAAAUACAACAUGCGAACGAAUCCGGAAGAGCACUACGCCAUAACGCACAGCGAGAAUGUGUUAACAAUAACAGAUAACACUUACUCAAAAAUAGAAACGUAGUAUUAAUGUAGGAAAUUUUUAUAAAUCAUACGUGUGUAUAUCAAUGUGAUAGUAUAGAAAACAUGUUAUGUUAUCAUUCUAGAGCAUAUGCCACCCUUGCAUAACUUCUAUGUGCUUGAACAACCUUUUUAACAUGUUUCUGUUAAUGGAACAGAUCUUCUUCAUACUUAGAUGAAGACAAUAAAGAAUAUGUAAAUACUAAAUAUGCAAUAUCUGAAAAAAUAUUGUUGUUUUCUUUUCAUUCGAUAC